AAGGCCUUUAGUGAAUUACACGGAGGUAGUAGUGAAGGCGGGAUUUCCGGAGCUAUCCAUUUUCGGACUCAACUGAAGGACAUCAGUUCCUCCUAAAGACAGGGUCGUGUGUAGAGGGAUCACAUAUUAUCAAACAUGGGCGGACACGAUGCAGGAACGCAGCACCAGUUUACUGGCUUUGCCAAGUACUUCAACGCAUGGACCAUCACAGGCAGGAGGAACUGUGUCCUUCUAACAUAUGCAAGCAUAGCUACCAUUGCCCUCUUCUUCAAGCUGAAGCCCAAGAAGGAGAAGGCCAUCAAGGGCUAGCUAAUUUAAAGAUUCCAGUGUUCGUUUGCUCCGUUGUAUGGAGGGUUGGAUUCCAUUAGAUGUCCUUUGUGUCUGACGCCAUCUCUGCUUAUGCAGCAUGUUAAUAAUAAAGGCUGUAUCAAAUG